CAAGAUCAGAGGCUCAAUUGCGAUUUUCAACUUCAGAUCGAAAGCAGAAGGCCUUCAACUCGACUCAAGCACGACUCUGUUGCCAGCGAACGUGCAGAUCGCAAGCCCGUCCGCCAGGCGUCAUGUACCGAUUCAAGGACAUCCAAACCAUACCGACGGCAAAGCAGCUGGUGGACAUUGUGCUCUCAAAGACUCAGCGCAAGACUCCGACUGUGGUACAUCCUGGUUUCAAGAUCACCCGCAUCCGGAGCUUCUACAUGCGCAAGGUGAAGUUCUGCCAGACGAGUUACAGCGAGAAGCUCUCCAAGAUAUUGGAGGAGUUUCCCAAGAUCGACGACAUCCACCCCUUCUAUGCAGACCUUUGCAAUGUCCUGUACGACCGGGACCACUACAAGCUGGCGCUGGGUCAGGUGAAUGCCUGCAAGAAGGUGGUGGACGGCAUUGCCAAGGAGUAUGUGAAGAUGAUGAAGUUCGCAGACAGCCUUUACAAGUGCAAGAUGCUGAAGCGUGCUGCCUUGGGGCGCAUGUCCACCGCGGUGAAGAAGCUUCAGGGGGCUUUGUCCUUCCUCGAAGAGGUGAGGCAGCACCUGGGGCGCUUGCCGGCCAUCAAUCCUGCCACCAGGACCUUGAUCCUGACAGGCUAUCCCAACGUGGGGAAAUCCUCGUUCAUGAACAUUGUCACCAAUGCGAAUGUGGACGUGCAACAGUAUGCCUUCACAACCAAGUCGCUGUUCAUUGGACACCUGGACCACAACUACGUGAAGUGGCAGGUCAUCGACACUCCGGGCAUUCUGGACCAUCCCUUGGAGGACCGGAACAGCAUCGAGAUGACGGCCAUCACGGCUUUGGCUCACCUGCCCGCGGCCGUGCUCUUUUUCGUGGAUAUCUCUGAGCAUUGCGGCUUCAGCCUGGCAACGCAGGUGGCCCUUUACCACUCCAUCAAGCCCCUCUUCAAGAACCGUCCGCUGCUGAUCAUCCUGAACAAGACUGAUAUUCGCAAGGUGGAUGAGCUGUCCGCAGAGGAGAAACAACUCCUGGACUCCAUGAAGGAGGUUGACGCCGGCGGAGAGGUGAGCUUCUUCGAGACGUCCUGCACAAAGAAGCAGGGCGUGGAUGAUGCCCUGCAGAAGGGCUGUGAGCUGUUGCUGGAGAAGCGGGUGGAUCAGAAGGUGAAGACCGGCAAGGCGGAUCAGUUCAGGAGCAGACUCCAUGUCACCUCCGUCACGCCCCCGGCGAGCCGACCGCCUUGCAUCCCGGCCUCGGUGCAGCAAGCGCGGGGUGGGGCUGAGCCGGAAGAGGCAAAAGAGCCACUCGAGAGGGAUCGCAUGGAGGAGCUCGGCGGCGCUGGCGUCUAUUCCGUGGACCUCUGGCGUCGAGCGCUGUUGGAGGACCCCUCCUGGAAGUAUGACAUGGUGCCGGAGAUCAUGGACGGCCACAACAUCCUGGACUUUGUGGAUCCGGACAUCGACAACACCAUCGCCAGACUAGAGAAGGAGGAGGAGCUUCUCAAUGCGGAGGCGAGCCUGGGAGAUGACGACCAGGUGAUUCGGCAGUACAAGAAGACUCAACACGUGCUGGAUGAGGUUCACAGCAGGAUGCGUCAGAAGCGCGUGGAGCGCAGACUGGAGAAGUCCAAGAAUGGGCUGCCGAAGCUGCGCAAGAAUCAGAAGAAGGGGGAGGAGGUCGAGGAGCAGCUCAAUAGCCUGGGCUACGAUGGGGCCAAGGUGAGAGGACGAUCUGCUUCAAAGAAGCGGGGCACGUCCUUGUUGAGAAAGCGAAAGCACGAUGUCGCCGCUGGCGGGGAGGAGGAGGCUCAAAGCGCGGCAAGGGGCCGCAGCAGGAGCCGCAAGAACUCUGUCAUGGCGGAGGAGACCUCGCAGUUUGUGGAGAAGAAGCGGAGAAAGACCAUGCGCCUACACACCAAGAAGGGCCACAAGGGCGAGGCAGACAGAUGGAUCCCCGACCUCAAGCCAAAGCACUUGUACUCAGGCAAGCGUGGUAUCGGCAAAACCGACCGGCGGUGAGCCCUUUUGGCUCGCGGUGUUUGGACAUAAGCCGCUCCAGGGAAAUGAGCCGGCAAGGAGAUGCGGACGAGUUGGAAGUCGACAAACACUCG